AUGAAGACAAGUGCCUUCCUGUGUGCCACCCUGCUCACGGCCUUGCCCCUAGCGAAGUCGUUUCAAUGUGUAGUGGUCCGUGCUCCUCACAACCACAUACAACCGUAUCCUGAGGCAAAGAAUACGUCCAAGUCCGCGGGGGCCGCCCUACGAUACCAACCAUCGCUCCACAUUUCUCACGGAUGUGACGCGUAUGCCGCGGUGGAUGCUCAGGGAAGAACCAGCCAUGGUCUCAAGGCGACGGGGGAUGAUGAUGGCGACUGCGGGCAACCUUUUCUGGGCGGUCAAGUCUAUGCGCGUGUCGGGAAGGAGGGGGGUCAAAUUGGUAUCGUCUACGCGUGGUUCUUCCCGAAAGACUCGGUCAGGGGCACAGUUGGCCAUCGUUACGACUGGGAGUGGGCGACCAUUUGGCUCAACGACCUUGACGACGAUGAGUCGGAAAUCCUGGGGGUGACGACGAUGGGCAGAGAAGGGCCGAAGAGAACGGACGAACUGAAAUCUGAAAACCGGGUCGGGGACACGGUCAGACUCGAUUACAGAGACCACGGCGACAGGCACUACAUCGCGUUGUCCGGAAACGAUGGCGGAUUUCAACCCUUGAUCCUGUGGAACCAGAUGACCAAAGCGUCUCGAUGCGCGCUCAACAAUGCUGAAUGGAACAAACACAGGCUGAUGCCCCUGGCCGAUUCCGUUUUCCGUUCGACAUUGCGUUCUGCUUUCGGGAAGAGACCACGCAAAAUCAAAGAAGGCAGCGAAGACAGUGAAGACAGCAAGGACAGUGAAGGCAGCGAGGACAGUGAAGGCAGCGAGGACAGUUUCGGCGACAGUUUCGGCGACAGUUUCGGCGACAGUUUCGAGGACAGUUUUAAGGACAUUGACUAUUGA